AUGGGGUCAGCUGGAAGGGCUGACAGUGCAACGACGGGCACCAAAGAAGGCGAAGGGUUGCGAUUUCACCAAUAUGGACAGAAUCCACCACCAACAAAUUCUCGGCGCCGCCGCCUGCUGCUCUCCACCGACAGCGCUUUCGCCGACUCCGUCCUCCCUUCCCUGGUGAACCACCCCUCGAUCGAACUGCGCCUGAUCACCGACGAAUCCUCCGCGCUGCUGGCCGGCACGAACAAGGUCCCCCAUUACACCGACUCGGUCGACAGUGCGACCUUUGAUAAGAAGACAAGUGCGCGGAAAUGGCUCAAAGCAAAGACGGCCGAGUUGUGUGAAUGGGCAGACAUGCUGCUGGUGGCUCCGAUCGAUGCGGGCGCACUCGGCUCCAUGCUGGCAGGCCUGACCAACACUCUCACCCUGGCCCUACUACGGGGCUGGGUGUCGACCAAACCCGUGAUCUUGAUUCCCGGCAUGACGGUCUCGGAAUGGGACCAUCCGCUUAGUGCACGACAGCUGGACGAAAUUCGACGGCACUGGCCUUGGAUCCGGAUCGUCAGGCCUGUACUCUGGAAGUCGAACGGGCCGGAAGAUCUCACGCCGUUGCCGUGGGAUGGACUAUACGACCUACACAAAAGCCUUGAGCUCGGGUUGAAGCUUCCAUUCAGGCAGAAACAAGUAGCAAAGCAGGCGUAUGAUGAAAGGUCGGCAUCCGCGGACAAGACGAUCGCUUCGUCCAAGUCAUCAGCAAUCGAUGCUGCUACCGCUCUCCGCCAACUUCAGACUCAUUGGCCCACACCCGAAACCAGGGUCAAGUCCUUACCUGUGGAACUGUGGCUCAACAUCUUUGAGAACCAACUAGGGGACUGGGAGAUUGCCAAAGCCGUCGGUGUUCCCACCAAUCUUCCAGUCCCCAAAGAAUGGCAAAGUCAUCUGUUGAAGAUGUCCACGCCGGCCUCGUUGGAAUACACCAUCUUAAGAGGUUCAUUCGCCGCAAUGAAGAAACGUAUCGAUAGCCUGCCUCGAUGGAAACCCUUGUCGGAUCUUGCCUGCCAUUUGAUUGUCAAAUUCUCUCGAACCGAUAUCCUCUCCUACCUCACCGAAAACCACCUCGACCUCCUCUGGACCACGUCACGCCUAACAAACAUACCUUACCGAGCAUCCGCCAUCUACGGCAAUCCCACCGUCUUGACAUGGUGGCGCGACGCACCCGCUCUACCCAACAAAGAAUAUGCCGCCGAUGCCAUGGACGGUGCCUCCCGCGCAGGCUUCAUCCACGUCCUAGACUGGUGGCUUCACUCGGGCCUCCCCCUCCGGUAUAGUGAACGAGCCCUCGAAUCCGCCAGUGCCGAAGGCCGCGUCGCCGUCCUCGACUGGUGGAAAAAGGCGUCCGCCAACGCCCCCGUGCACAGACCGAUUCCGCUCAAAGUCGGCAAAUCCGUCCUCCUCGCGGCACAAUCGGGCCGUACCGCAUCCCUUGCAUGGUGGGAUGCCUCCGGCAUUCCAUACAGUAAUGCCGAAAAUGUUGCCCGCAUCGCCAGUACCCACGGCCACGUGCACGUCCUGGACUUUUGGUACAAGCUCAAAGGUCCGAAAAUGAUCUUUGACAAUCAGGUGCUCGUGGGGCCUACGAAGAAUGGCCACGACCAUGUCCUGCAGUGGUGGAAAGAUUGUGGUCUGCGUGUCGAAUUCAAAACGUGUGACAUUGAAGAAGCGUUGGAAGACGCCGUCACGGGUGCUGAUGAACGCGUUCGUCGCUGGUGGGAGUGCAACGGACUUAAUCUGGGCGUUGGCACGCGGGAAUGGAUGAAGACCAAGGUACUCUGA